AUGAAGACAUCCGUUAAAGCUCUGCUUUCCUUGCUCGCGGCUCAGGUAUGCGCAGUGCCAACUUUGUAUUUGGCUGGUGAUUCCACCAUGGCGCUUGGUGGCGGUGGAACUAGUACUCAAGGAUUCGGUGAAUACCUUAAAUACAGUUUCACCGGUAUCAACGUCGUGAACAAAGCCGUUGCCGGACGAUCCGCCCGCUCAUAUUGGAAUGAAGGAAAAUUUGCUGCAUUGGCCGAUUUGGUUGUUGCCGGCGAUUAUGUUCUUUUCGAGUUUGGCCACAACGAUGGAGGCUCUUUGACCACAACUGAUAACCUCCGUACCGAUUGCUAUGGAGGCGGUACCGAGACUUGUAUCUCUCCUGUUACAGGGGAGACCGUGUAUACAUACGUAUUCUACCUCUUACAAGCAGGACGUCUCAUAACCGCCAAAGGUGCACACUUGAUCGUCGCCUCGCCCACCCCCAACAACUUAUGGGAAACCGGCACCUGGUCCUACACCUCCCCCCGCUUCACCGGAUAUGGGAAAUCCGUCGUCUCUUCUCUUGGCUCGCUGGCCUCCUUUGUCGACCACGGUACGUACGUUGCGAAUAUUUACAAGUCGCUUGGUGCUACCACCGUCGAUGCGUAUUAUCCAGUCGAUCACACGCAUACUAGUCCCGCAGGCGCAAAUACUGUGGCCGCUGCGUUCAUGAAGGGACUUAUGUGUGGAGGAAGUGCGUUGAGUGCGUAUAGCAAGAAUACCACCAGUAGCAUUGCGGGAAGCUGUGUUUAG